AUGACAGACUCAAAACCCCCAACAACAACAACCCACACCCUCCCAACACCCUUUACGCACACCUCCCCACCACCCAUCCUCCUCACCCAAGGCGCCGAAGCCCUCGUCUACAAAACCCACUUCCUCGACCUUUCCUCUCCUGCGAUCCUGAAAUUCCGUCCGAGCAAAGCAUAUCGACAUCCUACGCUGGAUGCGCGCUUGACGAAGCAGAGGGUGCUGGCCGAGGCGAGGGUGUUGGUGAAGCUGGCGGGGGUCACGGAUGCUGCUGAGCUGAGGGUUCCUGGGGUGUUGGGGCUGGAGUGGGAUGUGGGUAGGAAGGUUAAAGGUGCUGGCGGAGAGGGGGUGGUGAGGGUAAAGAGGGGGGAGGAUCUGCAGGGGGAGAAGACCGAGGAUAGAGAGGUGCAGGGGAGGGUUGUCGCGGCUGGGGCGUGGAUAUUGAUGGAGUUUAUUGAGGGGAGGAGUGUGAAGGAGUUAUUGAGGGGUGUGGAUGAGUGGGCUAAGAGGUUGGGAGAGAGGAUAUCGCAGGAAGAGAGGGAGAAGGUUGAGGGAGACGUUAAGGCGUUGUUGAGAGCGAUAGGGAGGACGGUGGCUGCUAUGCAUUUCAAGGGUGGUGUUGUGCAUGGUGAUUUGACGAGCAGUAAUAUCAUGGUGAGGCCGCGGAAACACGAGCAGGUCAAUGGGCAUGGUCAUGUCGAGGGGAGUGACACAAAGCCUCCAGAUCUAAGUGGUGAGAUUGUACUGAUUGAUUUUGGACUUGCUACACAGUCUAUACAGGAUGAGGAUCGGGCCGUUGAUCUUUACGUGCUGGAACGGGCAUUUGGCUCUACACAUCCGAAGCAGGAGGAUUGGUUCGACGCUGAGGUAUUACAACACUCAGAAGGAUAUAGAGGGACAUUCAAAGGUGCGAAUGUCGUCCUCAAACGUCUCGAAGAGGUAAGGCUCAGAGGACGGAAACGAAGUAUGAUCGGAUGA